GUGUCUGGAGGCGUUCUGUAUCUACGGCAGUGUGGGCCGGGUAGAGGAGCCGUAUGUCAGCAUCACGCGGAAGCGUCAGAUGCCCAGGGGGGGCCAGUCUGAGGAGGUGGAGAGACAGGUUGGGCAGGCAGAGGGCAAGCUGUUCACCCACCGUGCCGCCUUCGCCCGCACCUCUGUCAUCCAGGCCUUCCUGGGCUCUGCCCCCCAGCUCACCCUGCAGCUCUACAUCUGUGUCCUGCAGCAGGGGGUGUCCAUCGGCAGAGGUGAGUGGUGUGUGUGUGUGUGUGUGUGUGUGUUUGUGUGACGUCGAGAAGUGUGACUUUUAGUUGUACGUUUCUAUGUGUUUGUCUCUUUCUAUACGUGUGUUUGUGUGUGUGUGUGUGUGUGCGUACAUUUUCUCUCUGUUUGAUCACACUUGAGUCAUCUUGAGUUCCAUGCAUUGAGGGAUAGAGGAGGCCCCCAGCUUUCUCAGUAUAUAGGAACCUCUUUGAGCCUGAACAUUAACAUAGUUGAGUUAUCUCUGCUGGUUACCCCCUAUAGAGGCUCACUACAGAGACACAGUCCUUCCCCCAAAUCCCUCCAUCCCUCCCCCGAGGGAGCAGGCCGGUCCACAGCCCUCAGAGCACAGCUCCACUGUGGCGUGGGCUGAUUAGCUAAGUGCCAUGUUGGAAUAAGCGGAUGGUGUUUUCAUGACUCAAAGUGGUAUUACGCAACACUCUCUAGCACUCUGCUAUCAAGGUAUUUUAUUUAGAUCUUCAAACUAGCUGUUUGAAAUAACUGAUUUCAUCCAUCAUCUGAGUCAUGAUUAUGGAUAAUAUAGCAAAUAGGAUCACAGACACAUUUGAGUUAUGUCACACAGUCUGCUAAUACUUCCCUGUUUUAUUUGCUGUUAUUGAGAAAUGUCAUUUCAGACUGAGGAAAUGCUUUGCUGUGUGAGAGUGAGUGUGACCAGAGGAAAAGCGUCAAGCUGUUUUGGGGGUAAGGCAGAAUCUGACAGUUCUAUGCUAUCAAAGCAAAAGUGUAAUGUGUUGACGACGUGAACUAUGGCACUUGAUAUUGCAAAUGAUCAUCUGUAAAUUGAUCCAGUGGAUCUUGUUGCUAUUGUAAUGUGUGUACACAUUCGAAUGUCUCUCAGCCUAUCACACAAUGUUAUGCAAAUUAGUUGCUGUAUGUGAUGAUGCAGGGGGCAUGCUGAGUCGCAGUGGGUUUGGAGAGGCACUUGUGUAUGUCAGGUUAGUGCUGGGGUGUACUGUGUUCAUCCAAAUAAACGACAACUUGAUUAUUGAAUGGAAAAUCAUCGUCCUAGACUGUUUAUGCUAGUUAAUAAACUACAUGUGCGUUUCGGUGGCUUUACAGGCUCGUUACAAAUUGGUGGCAGCGGAUUUUGGGAUUAACAAGUAAAUUAGCUAACAGCAACUCGCUAGCUUGGCUAACAUUAGCUUGCUAGCUGCGUGGGAAAAUGGAGGGAGAAGUCAAACAACCCGGGAACAGCAAUCAACAACCGACAGCUGGUGGUAGAUCAGCCAGGUGCCAUGGACAGGCGGAUUGACCGGCCGGUGUUCAUGCCAGAAUCUUUUGAGGGGAAAGAUGUCGAAUGGACUGCUUGGAUUGAUCAGUAUGAGUUAGAUCGUUUGAACUUUCUCAUGCUUUCACUGAGGGGAAAUGUGCAGAGAUUUUGCAGAACUUUACCUCAGGAUACCAAGAACGAUUACAACAGCGUGAAAAUGGCUUUGCAGCAGCAUUUUGAGCCACCGGAGCAUGCUGACUGGAAUCGUGAUUUUUUUUCAGGACAGAAAACGUAAAGUGGGUGAGUGCAUUCGUGACUUUGGGCAUGAUUUAAGCAGGCUAGCUUCAAAGGUUUACCCAGAUUAUAGCACGUGCGCACGUGAUUCGCUUCCACAAGACUAUUUUAUUACAUACAAUGGUUGCAGUGAUCUUCGUGUGCACCUGCGCAAGGCAGUACCAAAAACGUUGGAAGAGGAAAUUAGCAUUGCUACAGAGCUUGAUCAGAUAAGGCAGCUAGAAUUGCUGGAAAGCCAAGACACUGCACAAUACAAAGUGAACAUGUGUGGGACAAGCGAGGUUACUCUGCCUCCAGUUAGAGACAUUGUCAGCGUUCCAAAAUAGUUGUUUGAGUCAUUGUGUGAGAGCGUUGCACAGUUGCGGACCGAGGUGCAGCAUCUGGCAGAGCGGGAGCCACAUCAGAGGGAGCCAUACUAGAGCAGAAUAUAGUUUCCAGGGUCUUCUACAGCAGCAACAGGAGAUCUAGGAUCCCCAGGAGCGACAGAGGACGACCUACUGGUAACCAUUAGCAGGGCAUGCUGGCACUGUGUGUGCACAAUGCACAUGAAAAAAGAUUGCCCUGACGUGGAAAAGGACAGCGCAGCAUCGGUUUAAACUACACGCACAGCUGACCAGUCCGCAGCAAGUGUUGUGGGGAGUGGGGUUUACCUUAAGUGCAAAAUGGCUGACUUCGAGUGUGAGGUCAUGGUGGACUCGGGGUCCCAGGUUUCCAUGUUAUACGAACAGGUAUGGAGAAAUGCUACUGGAGGUAAGCGUGGUACACUGCAACCAUACCACAGCACAGUUAAUGUAGCAAAUGGACAGUUUCUCUCAGUCCUGGGGAGCUGGUCCACAGUCAUGAACAUUGACGGUCUGAAUCUGACCGGGGACUUUGUCGUCGCUAGCGACGCAGACCAGUGUGCACUGAUAGCAACAGACUUCCUGGUAAAAUACGGGGCAGUACUUGAUUUGCAAAAGAAAACAUGCUGUGUUUUGGGGAAGCAGAUUACACUGAUUUUCAGGGGAGAGGCAUGGAGUGUGUAAAGUGGUGGUGAUGAAUAACACGAUUAUCCCCUCCAGAAGUUAAAUGUAUAUAAGGUGAGGGUACAGUAAAAAAUGACAAAACUGAGGGUCUUCUUGAGCCAUGUGCUGAAGUCACUGAUACAAGUAACCUGUUGGGGGCAUGUAGCAUUGGCAGCUCAGUGAAGGGUACACUGCCAGAGCGUGUGAUGAAUGUAACCCCUUAAUCAAAGUUACUGAGGGAGGGCACUGAACUGGGGGGUUUCUCUAUCUGGGAGAAGGGUAGUGAAGACACUAUCGUUGCUAGCCUACAGGAUUCUAACCAGCCGCCAUACUCUCCCACCACAGCAUUGUGGGACGUAGAACAGUUAAUGCAAGAGUCGACAUAGAUUGCAGCCAGCUGAGGUGCAGCUGAGAGCUGUAAAGGAAAAGGUGGGUAGAUACACUAAAUAUACAAAAGUAUGUGAACACCCCUUCAAAUUAGUGGAUUAGGCUAUGUUAGCCACACCCGUUGCUGACAGGUGUAUAAAAUCGAGCACCCAGCCAUGCAGUCUCCAUAGACAAACAUUGGCAGUAGAAUGGCCUUACUGAAGAGCUCAGUGACUUUCAACGUGACACCGUCAUAGGAUGCCAACUUUCCAACAAGUCAGUUUGUCAAAUUUCUGCCCUGCUGAAGCUGCCCCAGUUAACUGUAAUCGCUGUAAUUAUGAAGUGGAAACGUCUAGGAGCAACAACAGCUCAGCCGCGAAGUGGUAGGCCACACAAUCUCACAGAACCGGACCACCGAGUGCUGAAGCGCGUAAAAAUCGUCUGUCCUCACUACCGAGUUCCAAACUGCCUCUGGAAGCAACGUCAGCACAAUAACUGUUGGUCGGGAGCUUCAUGAAAUGGGUUACCAUGGGGCUGUUUUUCAUGGUUCAGGCUAGGCCCCUUAGUUCCAGUGAAGGGAAAUCUUAACGCUACAGUAUACAGUCGUGGUCAAGAGUUUUGAGAAUGACACAAAUAUAAAUGUUCACAAAGUCUGCUGCCUCAGUUUUGAUGAUGAAAAUUUGCAUAUACUCCAGAAUGUCAUGAAGAGUGAUCAGAUGAAUUGCAAUUAAUUGGUAAGUCCCUCUUUGCCAUGAAAAUGAACUUAAUCCCAAAAAAACAUUUCCACUGCAUUUCAGCCCUGCCACAAAAGGACCAGCUGACAUCAUGUCAGUGAUUCUCUCGUUAACACAGGUGAGAGUGUUGACGAUGACAAGGCUAAUGAUAACUCUGUCAUGCUGAUUGAGUUAGAAUAACAGACUGGAAGCUUUAAAAGGAGGGUGGCGCUUUAAAUCAUUGUUCUUCCUCUGUUAACCAUGGUUACCUGCAAGGAAACACGUGCCGUCAUCAUUGCUUUGCACAAAAAGGGCUUCACAGGCAAGGAUAUUGCUGCUAGUAAGAUUGCACCUACAUCAACCAUUUAUCGGAUCAUCAAGAACUUCAAGAAGGGAGGUUCAAUUGUUCUGAAGAAGGCUUCAGGGCGCCCAAGAAAGUCCAGCAAGCGCCAGAACCGUCUUCUAAAGUUGAUUUAGCUGCGGGGCACCACCAGUGCAGAGCUUGCUCAGGAAUGGCAGCAAGCAGGUGUGAGUGCAUCUGCACGCACAGUGAGGCAAAGACUUUUGGAGGAUGGCCUGGUGUCAAGAAGGGCAGCGAGGAAGCCACUUCUCUCCAGGAAAAACAUCAGGGACAGACUGAUAUUCUGCAAAAGGUACAGGGAUUGGACUGCUGAGGACUGGGGUAAAGUCAUUUUCUCUGAUUAAUCCCAUUUCCGAUUGUUUGGGGCAUCCUGAAAAAAGCUUGUCCGGAGAAGACAAGAUGAGCGUUACCAUCAGUCCUGUGUCAUGCCAACAGUAAAGCAUCCUGAGACCAUUCAUGUGUGGGGUUGCUUCUCAGCCAAGGGAGUGGGCUCACUCACAAUUUUGCCUAAGAACACAGCCAUGAAUAAAGAAUGGUACCAACACAUCCUCCGAGAGCAACUUCUCCCAAUCAUCCAAGAACAGUUUGGUGACGAACAAUGCCUUUUCCAGCAUGAUGGAGCACCUUGCCAUAAGGCAAAAGUGAUAACUAAGUGGCUCGGGGAACAAAACAUAGACAUUUUGGGUCCAUGGCCAGGAAACUCCCCAGACCUUAAUCCCAUUGAGAACUUGUGGUCAAUCCUCAAGAGGCGGGUGGACAAACAAAAACCCACAAAUUCUGACAAACUCCAAACAUUGAUUAUGCAAGAAUGGGCUGCCAUCAGUCAGGAUGUGGCCCAGAAGUUAAUUGACAGCAUGCCAGGGCGGAUUGCAGAGGUCUUGAAAAAGAAGGGUCAACACAGCAAAUAUUGACUCUUUGCAUAAACUUAAUGUAAUUGUCAAUAAAAGCCUUUGACACUUAUGGAAUGCUUGUAAUUAUACUUCAGUAUACCAUAGUAACAAAAAUGUCUAAAAACACUGAAGCAGCAAACUUUGUGAAGACCAAUACUUGUGUCAUUCUCAAAACUUUUGACUACGACUGUACAAUGACAUUCUAAAUUUACAUUUACAUCAUUUAGCAGAUGCUCUUAUCCAGAGCGACUUACAAAUUGGUGCAUUCAACUUAUGAUAGCCAGUGGGACAACCACUUUUAUUUAUUUGUAUUUUUAAUUUUUUUGGGGUGGGGGAAGAAGGAUUACUUUAUACUAUUCCAGGUAUUCCUUAAAGAGGUAGGGUUUCAAGUGUCUCCGGAAGGUGGUCAGUGCAUUCAACUUAUGAUAGCCACAGCUAGAUGAUUCUGUGCUCCCAACUUUGUGGAAACAGUUUGGGGAAGGACCUUUCCUGUUUAGCAUGACAAUGCCAUCGUGCACAAAGCCAGGUCCAUACAGACAUGGUUUGUCUAGAUCGGUGUAGAAGAACUUGACUGACCUGCACAAGAGCCCUGACCUCAACCCCAUCGAACACCUUUGAGAUGAAUUGGAACGCCGACUGCGAGCCAGGCCUAAUCGCCCAACAUCAGUGCCCAACCUCACUAAUGCUCUUGUGGCUGAAUGGAAGCAAAUCCCCGCAGCAAUGUUCCAACGUCUAGUGGAAAGCCUUCCCAGAAGAGUGGAGGCUGUUAACGCAGCAAAGGGGGGAACAACUCCAUAUUAAUGCCCAUGAUUUUAGAAUGAGAUGUUCGACGAGCAGGUGUCCACAUACUUUUGGUCAUGUAGUGUAUGUGGGAGAGUUUAGCACUAUUGACUUUGACUUGGGCUGCACAAAACUAGUCCAGCAUAAGAUUAACAUGGGACAACAGGCCUAUCAAACAAGCAUUGAGGUGGGUGCCUGUUCAUCUGCAAGCAGAGUUUGACAAGCAUUUGCAGGACAUGUUAGAAAGGGGAAUAGUUAACCCAUCCAGCAGUCCAUGGGCAGCACCAGUGAUGUUAGUAAGAAACAAGGACGGCUUAAUCAGGUUCUGUGUGAAUUACAGAAGGUUAAACGAGAACACUGUAAAAGAUGCAUAUCCACUUCCUAGGACAGAUGAGACCUUGGACUUGCUUGCCGGUGCUCAGUAGUUUUCCACUUUAGACUUAGAUGCACCCUGUGGGUCGUAACAAAACUGCUUUUGUGACCAAGAGAGGGCUUUUUCGAAUUCCAGGUUUGGGUUGACAGCUUCCAGCGUCUCAUGGACCUGGUGUUGGCUGACUUACAGUGGACAACAUGUCUUAGACGACAUCAUAGUGUUUGGUUGUACAUUCCAAGAGCGUGUGAAGCGCUUAGACAAGAUUUUCAGCAGAUUGGAACAGGCAGGAUUUAAGGUGAAACCAUCUAAGUGCCAUUUGUUCAGGUCACAGGUGAGCUACCUGGGACACAUCAUCUCGGCUGAGGGAGUGUCCACUGACCCCAUGAAAACAGUCAGGUCAUGGCCUAGCCCCAAAAACAGUCAGGUCAUGGCCUAGCCCCAAAAACAGUCAGGUCAUGGCCUAGCCCCAAAAACAGUCAGGUCAUGGCCUAGCCCCAAGAACAGUCAGGUCAUGGCCUAGCCCCAAAAACAGUCAGGUCAUGGCCUAGCCCCAAAAACAGUCAGGUCAUGGCCUAGCCCCAAAAACAGUCAGGUCAUGGCCUAGCCCCAAAAACAGUCAGGUCAUGGCCUAGCCCCAAGUCACUGACAAAUAGGCUGGCAUCAUACUACAGGAGGUUGAUAACAGAUUUUGCAGCUAAGGAGGAGCCUUUGUACAGAUUGACAGAUAAGGGGAAAACGUUUGAGUGGAAUGCAGUGUGUGAAGUGGCCUUUAAUGAACUAAAGUCCAAGCUUACCACAUCCCCCAUACUUGCUUUCCCUGACCCAAAUCUAGAUUUCAUAAUGGAUACUGACACAUGUGACACAGGCAUAAGCGCAGUCCUCUCCCAGAAACACAAGGGUAGGGAGAGAGUAGUAGCAUAUGCCAGUGUAACCGGUGUGAAAUGGCUAGCUAGUUAGCGGUGCGCACUAGUAGCAUUUCAAUCGGUGACAUCACUCGCUCUGAGACCUUGAAGUAGUUGUUUCCCUUGCUCUGCAAGGUCCGCGGCUUUUGUGGAGCGACGGGUAACGGUGCUUCGAGGGUUACUGUUGUCGAUGUGUGCAGAGGGUUCCUGGUUCAAGCCCAGGUAGGGGCGAGGAGAGGGACGGAAGCAACACUGUUACACCAGUCGGGCACUGUCAAAACAGGAGAGGAAGUACUCAACUACCAAGAAGAAGCUUCUUGCUGUGGUAGUUUCUUGAACAUUUCAGACACUUUUUGCUGGGGAGGAAAUGUCUACUGAGAACUGAUCACAGCUCACUGAGGUGCCUGAGUAACUUCAAACAACCUGAGGGACAGUUAGCCAGAUGGCUACAGAAACUGGAUCAGUAUGACUAUGAUAUUGUCCACAGGCCAGGGAGACUGCACAGUAAUGCAGAUGGUGUGUCAUGCCGACACACAGACAGAGAGUGUAGACACAGCCGAAUCACAGGAGGCCACUGUCAAUCUGAGAGCCUCAGGAUGUCACUAUUGAGCCUGCAUUCAGAGCUCAAACAAGCCAGUCAGUCCCCACAAAUGCAGCUUUCCUUUUGGAAGCACAGGAUAGAGACCCAAUGGUCUCCCAGUUAAAGAAAUUGAAAAAAAGAGGGUAGAAAAGAGCUGCAAUCUGAGCCAACGUUCAAGCGCUUCAAACAAGUGUGGGGGGCAUUACAUGUGAAGAAUGGGGUGUUAUGCCUUGAGAGUCAAAACUAUGAGACAGAUGACGCCAUCUGGAGAGGGGUUGUACCAGAUGAGCUCGUACAUAACAUACUUUCCUUUAUCCACAAUGAUAGAACAGCAGGCCAUUUAGGAGUUGUAAACUCACCAGUAAAAUCAGAGCAAGAUGUUAUUGGCCAGGCUGGCAGAGAGCCAUAAAGCAGUGGUGUAAGGGCUGUGUGGCGUGUGCUGCAUACAAAUUACAGGGUCCAGCCCCCAGAGCACCCAUGACAAGUUCUGUCACAGGCCGCUCUUUCCAGAGGAUAGUUGUAGACUUAAUGGGUCCAUUUACAGAGACUGGACGAGGUAACAAGCACAUUAUGGUAGUGUCAGAUUACUUUACUAGGUGGUCAGGGGCAUAUGCCAUACCCAAUCAGGAAGCAGUAACAGAGGACAAUAAACUGGUAGAGGAAUUUGUGUUGAAGCUAGGCGUUCCUCGCUCAAUCUAUAGCGAUCAAGGGCGAAAUGUUUUAUCUACUCUUUGUAGAGAGAUGUGCAAUCUUUUACAAAUGAACAAAACAACAACUACUCUGUACAGCCCACAAUCUGAUGGUUUAGUGGAAAGAAUGAACAGAACUCUGCUCAACAUGCUGUCACUUUUUGUUGAUGACAAUCAAAGAAAUCGGUAUGAGAUUCUCCCAUAUGUGAUGAUGUCAUACAGGAGUAGUGUUCAAUCUUCCACGGGGUUCACACCGUACAAGGUGCUGUUCGGUACUGAAAUGACUACCUGUUGAUGUGGUUAUAGGAACACAACAAAAUGAAGGGAAACAGUAUGUUUCUCAGUAUGUGCAAAAGGUACAAGGGUAUUUAAGCACUGUAAGGGCCACAGGUAAACAAAAUCAAUACUUUGGUCUAAAGGUGACACCCCAGAGGAAUGAGAAAAAUGAACAUGUGUGGCUUAGGGACUACCAGAGGAAAAUGGAGUUGUCACCCAAACUAAGAAAGAAAUUCAAGGGUCCCUUCAACAUUGCAAAGAAACUGUCAGAUGUGCCAUAUGAAGUAGUACAGUGUAAUGGACCUUAUCAUGCCGUGGUACACUACAACAGGCUCAAAUCUUACUUUGGGGUUGUUUCAGAGCAUGAGGUCACUGGCACGGGACGAGCACUGACUGAUUUGUGCUUAGUCAGAUAUACUACCCCUCAAGGAAACGGGGUGCUCCGAGGAAAAAGCAACCAAUGUUGCCCUUCAGGAGAAGGGGGGGGGGGGGUAUCUAGUCAGUUGCACAACUGAAUGCAUUCAACUGAAAUGUGUCUUCUGUAUUUCACCCAACCCCUCUGAAUCAGAGAGGUGCUGCUAGUUAACAAACUACGUGUGAGCUUCGGUGGCCUUACAGGCUUGUUACACUAUGUACAGUUAGUGAAUGAAUGAACAGUCAUAUUAAUUAAGAGCUCAGCCUCAAAUGACAACAAUAUUGAAUGGAAUAUUCUGAAUGGUCUCUCUCUCUCUCUCUCUCUCUCUCUCACUCACUUCUAGGCACCCUCAUGGUGAUCUCCCUGCUGUCCAUCGUAUAUGGUGCCCUGCGCUGCAACAUCCUGGCCAUCAAGAUCAAGUAUGACGACUACGAGGUGGACGUGCGUCCCGCCGCCUACCUCUGCAUCUUCCUGUGGCGCAGCUUCGAGAUCGCCACGCGCGUCACCGUCCUGGUGCUCUUCAGCUCGGUACUGCAGCUCUGGAUCCUCCCCGUGGUGCUGCUCAACUUCUUCCUCUUCUUCCUCUACCCCUGGGUGCUGUUCUGGCAGAGCCACUCGCCCUUCCCGGAGAACAUCGAGAAAACCCUAACCCGGGUGGGCACCACCAUCGUCCUCUGUCUCCUCACGUUCCUCUACGCAGGCAUCAACAUGUUCUGCUGGUCGGCGGUGCAGCUGAAGCUCAACGACCCAGACCUGAUCAACAAGUCUCAGAACUGGUACCGCAUGGCCGUGUACUACAUGCUGAGGUUCGUGGAGAACGCCUCUCUGCUGCUGCUGUGGUACGUCUACAAGACAGACUUCUAUAGGUUCAUCUGUGCUCCAUUAUUAGUGCUGCAGCUGCUGGUGGCCUACACCAUGGCCAUCUUCUUCAUGCUGGUCUUCUAUCAGUUCUGCCACCCCUGUAGGAAGCUCUUCUCCUCCAAUAUGUCCCAGGGCCUGUGGGACUGCUCCGCCCUGCUCUGUCUAGUCUGCUACGCCCCUGACGGGGACGCCGUACGGCCAAUAGAGAAGUCUGUUCUGGACCCUCUGGCCCCCGACCCCACCCCCCACAAGGAGUCAGCCAAUGACACGUCAUAUGAUGUGGCCAAUGACACAGCAUACACCAUGCCCAAUGACACAAUGACCUAUGACAUGCCCAAUGACACGACUCAUGAAGUGUUGAGCGAGAUGAACGGCGACGUGAGCCACAGUCUGUCCAGCAACGCU